UCCACGAAAAAACACCAUCAACCAAACCAUCAGCAGUCAACUGAUACAUCUGCGUUAUAUGUAUCUCACACCCAACGCCAACGACCUCAGACACCAGCCGCCUCUCGAGCUGCAACGACUUCGCAUACCGCGGAAACCUUGUAGCUCCUAUUUCUCUUCCAACGGCUAAUCCACCGAUCUUCGAAUGUUUCGUUAGAAAAAGAAAUCACUGUCAUCGACACUCUAUCUCCUUCACUGUUUCGCUCGCCCCCUCCGCUUCUGCAUGUUCCAUGUCGCAUCGCCCCGUCGCCUAACGGUCAUUAUCGAGCCCUAAACUACAUAGAACUCAACGCAUUCACGUCAUCUCAAGAAAGCCGCAGCCAUGGUUACCAUCAAUAUCCGCAGCGAUGUCAAGGACCCCUUCUACCGAUACAAGAUGGAGAAACUCCAGUCGAAGAUCGAGGGCAAGGGUAACGGCAUCAAGACAGUCAUCGUCAAUCUCAGCAGCGUCGCUCAAUCUCUCGCGCGCCCUGGAGCCUACGUUAUCAAGUACUUUGGCUUUGAACUAGGAGCCCAGACCAAUACCAACCCUGCCGAUGAUCGAUGGAUUAUCAACGGUGCACAUGAGGCUUCUAAACUCCAAGAUUAUCUUGAUGGCUUCAUCAACAAGUUCGUUCUCUGCAAGAAAUGCAAGAAUCCCGAAACCGAUGUGGUCAUUAAGGACGGCCGUAUCUUGCUGGACUGCAAGGCUUGUGGUCAGCGGUCCGAUGUAGAUCUUCGCUUGAAGCUCAGCGGUUUCAUCCUCAAGAACCAGCCAAAGAAGGGCAAGAAAGACAAAGCUGAGAAGAAAGCCGCACGCAAAGCCAGAGAGAACCGCAACGGUGACAGCAAAGAAAAUGGUCAUGCCAGUGGUGGUGAGAGUAACUCCGAGAAUGGCUCCAACGGCAAUGGCGACGUUGGUAUUGAAGCUGGCAGCGAUGAUGAAAUGACUCGCCGUAUCAAGGCUGAGGCUCAAGAGAUUGAUGCAACACCAGUUGAGGUCAAAGAUGAUGAAUGGACGGUUGACAUGUCAGCGGAAGCCGUCAGAGCUCGCCAGCAACAACUUCCCGACGACCUCAAGCAGAAGCUUGUCCUUGGUGGCGACGACGAUGAAGAAGAAGGCGAAGGUGGGGGAAACUCCAGUUACGACCAACUAGGAAGCUGGAUCCUCAGCGAGGCUGAAGAAAAGGGCGGCGUCAAUAACGUUGACGACGUUGCUAUCUAUCUCAAGGCCAAGGAGCUUGGUAUUGAAGCCAAGCACCGUACUCUCCUGGUCCUGGUCCAGACCAUCUUCGACGAUGAUAUCGUCAAGCAGAUCCCUAAGCGUGCUGGAAUGCUUAAGAACAUGGUUAGCUCCGAGAAACAUGAGAAGGCUCUUCUCGGAGGAGUGGAACGCUUCAUUGGGAUCCGAGGCAAAGAGAACCCAGAGAUCUAUAAUCUGACGUCUAAGAUCCUCAUGGUUCUCUACAAUGAGGAUAUCGUCAGUGAAGAGAUGCUCACUAAAUGGGGCACCAAAGCCAGCAAGAAAUACAUCGAUCUCCCAACCAGCAAGAAGGUGCGCAAGUCUGCCGAGGCCUUCCUCACCUGGCUCGCCGAGGCCGAGAGCGAUGACGAGGACUCCGAAUAA